AUGGUAGAUCCCUCGAAGGUUCAAGCAGUAAUGAACUGGCCUACACCCAUUAAUGUGACAGAAGUGAGAAGUUUCUUAGGUCUAGCCGGAUACUAUAGGAGAUUUAUGAAGAAUUUCUCGAGAAUCGCUCAGCUUAUCACUAAUUUGAUGAAGAAGACCACUAAGUUUCAAUUGGAUGAGAAGUGUGAAACGGCAUUCCAAGAGUUAAAAUCAAGGUUUACUUCUGCUCCUGUGCUGACCUUACCGAAUGAAAGUGGAGAAUAUGAGGAUUAUACAGACGCAUCUAAGAAUGGACUAGGUUGUAGAUUCGAGAAGUCUGUCCAAAUUUUAGAAGAUGCUACAAGAAGCAGUGGGCACGAUACUAAAUUUCAGUACUACAUUUCAUCCAGCAACAGCCAGUUAAACAGAGAGAACGAUUCAGACUCUUGA